UGUCGCGAGACUUUAGAUAUUGCUAGCGUCGUGACAAAGUCUCCAGUGGGACUGGCUGUAGUGCACUGCAGAGGUAUUUUUUCCGAAUCGCUGGCCCGAUCAGCAGCCAACACAUCUUUUUACUCUGUCGCGACGAAAUGCUCAUUCGUGUCUUUUGAUUUUUUGUUCUCGCUUCCCUACCUCACUUGCCCAUGAUUUUCGUGUUUGCACCAGGUGCAUUUGACGCAGGCGCGAAACGGGGCUUGUUGGGUCAUUCUAAGUGGCCAGAGAUGGCGCCUUCUUGAUGGGUCGCAUGUUUGCUGCCUCUCUCUUCCAUCAUAGAUCGCACCUCGACGGGACGGGAGGAUUUGCCUCGAAAAGACGGGUCUGGCGUGGUGUGUGCAGACAAAAAAAGCAAUGUUGAGGAUGCGGUUUUGGUUGGGAUUGAUUGAUCGGUACGCCCUCCACAGUUCUCUACCGGCACCUACUGACGAGCAAACAGUACCGGUAAAGCCCCUCUUGGUCUGUGGUCUCGCCAUCUCGUGGAUGAUCAUUUGGGUGUCGCGCGCACGUUAAUCUUCCAUUUGUACUGCUCUUUUUCAAACUGCCCCCUCUUGUACCUAAAACAAAGUACCCAAUGUAAACAACACACUGUUCUCCUAUACUUUUGAUUGUUUCUUCAAGCCACUCUGCCAAGUCAUCAAGCCAGCCAAAAUUCCCCGUCUGCCUACGGUACUGGUUCUGCUACGUCCUACCUACCUUACCCAGUUGCCUCACCCUUGGCGGCCCCUCCUCUCUCGGUUGCCCCACCAAUCCGAUCUCUGUGUGGACAAAACAUCUGAGCCGCAUCAACUUUUGGAACCCAUAUUGAUCCAUCGCGUUGCUGCCAACACCCUUACUUUUUGUCCUUGCAGAUUUGCAAUGAGGAGAUGAUUUGCUGCCUAGAGACUGCUUGGAUCUUUCUGUAAGUGCAUAUAGAAAGCUUGCCGUCUUGCCGCCUCUAGGAGCUUUAUUUUCUGGAACUAGGGCGAGUCCUAGUCUCUUCCAGGCUAGACUGGAUGGUGACGACAAGGUCACUAUUCAGAUCUGAACCUGGAUACCAUCACCUACCUAGGCCGAACUCUGCUCUUGAUUCAGAAACCAUCAGCACAAAAGCUCAACGAGGGCCUGGCCGUUGCCUUUGCGGUUGCAUAGCCGCCUCCGAUGGACUACGAUGAAGACUCCCAACCCACGCAAGCUACCCAGACAUUAGUCGACCCGAGACGCCUAGGCAAGCAGAAUUCGGGGUUUUCCGACGAGGAGAUUGCCGACAUAAUAUGCAUUCUCUACCCCAAAUCCGAAAAUGCCCGCCGGGCAGUGGUCGCACUCGAACGAGACAAUUCGAAGCACUUGGUCUCUAGACCAACCGACAACUCAUCGAACGUCGAUUACUUGUUCGAUGACGAUCCGGCUCAGUUCGGCCUCGCGACAGCCGUCUCAGGCAGCCACGUUAUUGCCUUGAAGUUGUCGGCAACUACCAAAGACCCUGCCCAGGGUUUCACCUUUGGUCGCCACUCAGGGCGAUGCGACAUAUGCUUCACGCACGACCCGCACAAGCGCUUGAGCAACAUCCAUUUUCGCAUCUUCCUCAAUGAGUAUGGUGUGCUUAUGCUCGAGGAUACGUCCACCAACGGUACCGUCGUAGACGAGGUUCUGCUUAAGAAGUCCAAACCCGAACGAUGUGAAACCAAACGGACGCUGAGCAACGGCUCUCAGAUCAAGGUGCUUUUGCAUAACAAUGCCAAUGACCUCGUUUUCCUCGUGCAAGUGCCCAGGCGCGAAGGGCAGCAUGAGGUUGAUUUUAGGCGUAACAUCUUGGUCCACAAGCAGAGAGUGCAGGCUCUGGCAGAUGAAGAAGCUGCAACAAUGGUUCCUGGGCCAGCGGGAGGUCCUCCUGUUUUGUUUCCUAGGGAGGCCUGGGGCACUGAUCAAAGACCACGCCGGCAUCUACAGCAUGAGGCAACCGUUGACUCGGAUGAGAGGCUACCGCGGGAAUGGACCGGCUCGGACCGAUACAACCGCGUGGGUCAGAUAGGCAAGGGAGCCUUCGCUACAGUCCACAAGGUCACGUCAAAGUAUGAUGGGAGGCCAUAUGCCGCCAAGGAGCUGGAUAAGCGUCGAUUCAUGAAGGACGGUGUUUUGGAUCAGAAAGUUGACAAUGAAAUGAAAAUCAUGAGGAGCGUGGCCCAUCCGAAUAUAGUACGUUAUGUCGAUCACCUGGAAUGGGAAAAUCGACUGUUGAUUAUUAUCAUGGAGUAUAUACCCCUGGGAGACCUUGGUGGUCAUGUGCAACGCUACGGCCCCCUUACCGAGCGCUUGGCGAUAGCGACCGCCAAGCAGCUAUCGAGCGCCUUGGGCUACCUUCACACCCACAACAUAACACACCGGGAUGUUAAGCCGGACAACAUCCUGAUACACUCGAGAGACAACGACACCUUCACGGUCAAACUGACAGACUUUGGGCUGUCCAAAAUGGUUGACAACGAGCAGACGUUUUUGCGGACCUUCUGCGGUACUCUCUUGUACUGCGCCCCCGAGGUGUAUUCGGAGUAUCUUGACUAUGACGAAUAUGGAAUACGGCGACCCCAUCAGCGACGGCAGCAUAUUGGUCAACGAUACGACCACGCAGUCGAUUUGUAUUCUCUGGGUGGUGUUCUGUACUACAGCCUGACAGGAAGGCCACCGUUUCCCGCAGAUAACGGCGCAGGUUACGCGGCUUUGCUCAACACUAUCAUGACACAGCCUCUCAACAUCGCACCACUGGAAGCGGUGCGCUUGUCGCAUCAAGGUAUUAACUGUUUGCAGUGGAUGCUAUGGCGGCGACCCGAGCAGAGAGCCACUGUGCAACAAGUGGAAAACCACGAGUGGCUUGGUGGCAACCUCAUGGGAUUUUCUCAGAAUGACGCGGGGAAUACCUCGGAGGAGCUAGGACAAAAGGCAUCUCAGCUCAGCCUGGUAGAUGCCCGUCAGAGGUCGGACCCGCUUAGUGACGACGAAUUCAUCGACGAGGACGACGAAAUGAUGGACAUGGACAGGGCCUCGAGCCGAACGUGGUCGGAGAAUGCUAGUGAAAACCGCACUUUCGGUCGACAGGCUCCUCGCUUAUUUGGGGAGGUCGGUGUCUCGGCUCUGGGCUCGUCUGGUGUGAUUCCAGAGAACAGGCUCAAUCUCUCGCUCGGUGAAGGCAUCAACUUCGAGGAUUCCGAUGUGAUUAGAGACAGUUUCUCCUCUGCCUUGACUGGAAACCAUGUUGAAGAUGACCCUGGUUUGCAGCCCCAUGCAGCGGCGCAGGUCACGAACCAAUGUGCGUUUGAAGAAAACACUGCUGUCGACUGUUUUGUGGCCAAUAGCCAGGCAUCGGAAAACAGCGCAAAUUACGAGGCGUCCCGGGAAGACAUCCAACCUAGCAGAACAGGGCACGAUCUGGGUACUAGCAAACGCCUACUGGCCCUUGACAGCAGUGACGAGAACCCGGGACAAGCGAAGCCCUCCUUCAAGAGGAUCAGAUCAGACACUGCUUACGAUGAAGCGCUGAUUACGUCAGUUCCUCCGCUUGCAUUCCUCGCCUCGGGAAGGCAAAUCAACAACCCUGUCGCAAAGUCGACGUUUUGGGCUGCCAACGACAGAACAACGUGGCACCUCAACUACCCCGAGAUGACGCAGUUACAGCAUGACGCCUUUGUGCAUGCCUCAAAAUCUAGGGGCGAGGAGUUCGGCCCGGGAAGCUCCCUCUGGAAACUCGCGAUGGAAUUCUUUCCUCCUAGUUCAGGGAACAUUCCCGCCCCAGAUGCACAGAACUUGCGUCCCGAAGGCCUCGGUGGCCGACAAGAUAAAGAGUCGAGCCCGAUAACUGACGACUCGCAUUCAAAGGGCAACUCUCGUGGCAUGUCUGGCCUGGUCGUUCCAGUCACUGACAAGCGGCUGGCGGCUACUUUUGAAUCGGCCCCCGGAUCUCUCGUCGAGAACAUCGCUGUACCUGUGGAAGAAACUUUCGUUUCGUUUGGCCGUGCCGAUGAUAACACCAACGCCUAUGGCUUCAAGAAGGAAGUCAAGGUACCAAAGUACGCAUUCAAGCUGAUACUAUGGAGGCCCGGCUUCGAUCCCUCGCGUAACUUCAGGCCAUGGACCUGCGUUCGGGACGCCGACAAGGCACACUUUUACAUUGCGACAAAAGCCACCAACGGGAUCCGUGUCAACGAUUUUGUUAUCCCGUCGCAUGAUCACCGGAACCCGACGACUGCAUGUCGCCACUGGGCUCGUCUAUACAACGGUGACACGGUCACUAUCUGGGGUGACGACCAGCAACAAGCCAAGCUCCGUUUCAGGUGCUUUCUUACUGGUUCGCAAGAACCGCGUGCUCAAGAUGAUUGGCCAGCAGCCUUGGUUUCUGAGAGCGAUGCCGUUAAGCUCGAUGAGGCCUGCACCAAAGCCGAGCGGCGAUUUCCAAAAUUCAUGGAAGACGACCGUAUUAAUUCAGCAGAGCGCCAAGACCAGCAACGGCGCGAGCUCAAUGUCGAACUGGAACGCAAGAGAUCAGAAGUGUUCUACCAGCGCAGAGACGAGGUUGUGAAGGCGCUUACCCAACUCAGGAGGGAGACGACCCAAUCUUCAGAUUCAUGGGGCUUGACCCACGCACAACUCCCUUUGGCCGGAGCUAGUCGGCGGGCCUAUGUUGGCACAAAGAGCCCAUGAUAGUAUAAUUGCACUACAUCUAAGCCGCGCAUUGGAGUGUCGCCGAUGAAGCAACCAGGCCAACCUUGGGCUUGGCGCUGUUGAACACCAGGUUUUUUUUUUCUUUUUUUCUUUUUUUCUUUUUACAUCAAGGGCGUCAAACAGAAUGGCUGGACACGAUUUCCAAGUCUCGACUCCGCAGAUUUUACACAUGUGAUAUGUAAGCCUAUACUUGGCCCAACUUUUCUUCGAUUUGGAAGGGACGAGCUAUGUGGUUGGGCUUUUAUCCUGAUCAUCUGUAUCAAUGGGUUUUGUUCGGAGUUCUUGCCAGGAUGGCUGGAAGAUGGAGUUAUUGGAAGCACCAUAUACCUUUUGCACAAAUCAUCUCUAGCACAAGGUGGUUUACUGUUUUGUAUUUCUUUCCUUCACACAGCCCGGCGGUGGACUUGGGGCAUGAUUGUGGCUACUUUCAAAAUUAACUCUAGACUACUAUUACCCAGUACCCCAUCUGCAAGUACAGACCCUCCCCGAGCUCCAUAUCCCAAUAUUCGAUGCCGAAAACCCCGAGAACAUAUCGUAUGUCUCCGACGAAGCUUAGUUGUCGGUGCUCCACCAGCUUGAUGAGCGGCGUUGGGACCUGCAGGAUGAAAAGUUCCGACAACACCAGAAGUUCGAGCUCACCGAUGAGCGUGAACGUUGCCCGCGGCUCCCUGUCGGCACGAUUGGUAUGGAACGGAAAAGGGCCGCAAAGAUAAUCAGAUUGGCUGUCAUCUGCGCAGGUGGUGAGACAAAGCUAAUCUGGCUCUCAUGUUUUUACUUUUGGACUGAGAAGUCGCCCGGCCGGCAAGGCUCUCAUCAAAACCAUGCCUAAACUACUGUCCUCCAGAGCUGAACCUGGUGCAGAAGAGGCCCAGACAAGUGCCUACGGAUGUCGUGUAGUAAGGAAGCGCCGAAAGUCCAUGUAAAGAAAGACCUCAAGUCCAAACUACCCUCUUAAUUCUAAACCUGGUCAAAAAGAGCACAAAUAAUUGCCUCCAGAUAAGCCGCAACCAAGUCCCGAAAACUCCUAUCUUUGUUCGCCGAAAGUAGCCCGCCAAUAGUAAGGCAUCAAGACAGAAAGCUCAUCAAGGAGAGAAAAGGCCAUCGAGAGAAAAAAUGCCAUCGCAAGAAAGAAAAAGAAACCAAAUACUUCAACUGAACCAACCACCUAUCAACUGAAACAAAACCGUUCAAAAACAAAGCUCGCACAAUCUAUAGAAGUCGACAGGAGCACCGGGUCCUGAGUUGGAAGAGCCAUCAGUUAGGUAGCUAGCAGGCAGGCUCUCACUACCUCAACCGCCGGUCGACCGUAUGGAAGCGGAAACGGUUACGCGGGCUCUUCGGGGAGAGGGGAAUUUGCAUUCUGUUUUGUAUGUAGCAGGUGGGUUUUCACCACUCUACCGCAAAGAGCCAUUUCCACCGGCUUCGUCGAAGCGGGCACGACGAGGCGGGCGCUCUUCCGGGAGAUGAGAUCGUGCCUUCCGCUUGCCAGUGAUCAAGUUCAAUGCGUCUUGUAUCCGAGCAACAUCGUCCGUCUUGUUCUCCAAAUCCUUGACCAUCAACUCCAAGGAAGCUGCCUUGUCCCGCUCAGCUUGUGCCAGGCUUGUCAUUCGGCGAAGCUUCUCUUCCGUG